AUGGCUUCCACCAAGGAUCCCAGCCCCACCGACAAUAAGGCCUCCAUCGCCCUCCUGCGCCGCCUCCGCGCCGGAGGCGACGACGUCCAGUUCGUCCACCGCGUCGACGUGUGCGCCGCUCCUCCCGAGGUUCUCGUCGCUGAUCUGGAGCCGGUGCCGGGCACCGGUCUCGACGACGACGGCUACAGCAGGAUCUGGUACUUCUACCACGCCAAGAAAUACAAGAACACCCGAGGCGACACCAGCGGGCACAGGCAGCGUGCGGUAACCGGCGGCGGUGGCACGGCCUGGCACUCGGAGAUAGGCCGCAAGGAUGUCCAUGGAUCCGGUGGCGGCACGUUCUGCACCUUGUCCUACGGCUGCAAGACGGAGCCCUCCGCUCGAUCGAUCGACAGGAUGGGGUGGUGCAUGGUGGAAUACGACUUCGUCGCCGCCGACAAGAAACAAGACGAAGCCGCCGCCGCGGACAGCACCAACUACGUCCUCUGCAAGGUCUACCGCUCGCCUCGCGCGAAAGGGAAGUCGGCGCCGCCGGUAUCGGCGUCCUCCUCUAGCAAGAACGCCUCGUCCAAGCAGACGGCAAAGAAGAGGAAGGCCGGCGGCGGUGACCACCCCGAGGCGCCGCCGGCCAAGUCGAUCCAGCAACAAGAACAGGCGCAGCAGGAUACUACCGCCUGCUAUCAGCCACAAGGCGUGGAGUCGGAGCACGGCGGUGACUUCAUCUUCAACAUCGACGACAUAAACUUCUACGUCGACGAGAGCAUGCUGCGAGACGAGCCAGAACAGGGACUGCAACAGCCAAUCGUCGAGCCGCCGCCGCACGAAGAGUUCACCGUGGAGUGGUUAUUGCGAGGUGAGCCGCAGCAGCCGAUCGUCGAGCCGCCGGCGGCCGGGCAUGGCAGCGAGUUCAUCCAGAUGCCUAGCGGUCUAUUGGUGCCUGUGGUGGCGGAAGCCACCGUAGACGAUAUGCUCGGGCUCGGCCCGGAGACAAUGUACGGCCAGUGGAGCGACGGCAUGACGACAACAGCAAGUAUACCAUGGAGCAGCUACGCGCCGGCGACGUUGUACACAGGAUGCAGCAGCGUUCUUCAAGGAUCUGAUCCCCUCCAGCAUCCAUAUCUGACAUGUUGA